AUGGAUCUGCUGAGGAAAAUUAUCCUCUUGUCCACGCUCCUUAUAGUAGUUGAUUCUGCCCCACCGACUUGUUAUUCGGCAGUUUUGAAAUUAAGCAAGGGAAUUAUGGUGUCAAUGGAAAGAUUAGAGAAACUUCCCGUCACGAGACGUUGUGUUGCUAACUUGCCCAAACUCUAUAUUGAUGUGCACAACUCUUGCGUGUUGACCAAACUUCGCGAUCACAUCUAUGCUUUGGAAAAUCUCAUCACUCCCGACUGCAAGGAAUUAAAACGAAUUGCUUUCUUGAAAUUCCGCAUUGGGCGCUUGUAUAAUAUGAUCGGCCGACUCUGCCACCGGGACCUUGUGUUUUUUACUGAUGAUUGCCCAGCACUAGAACGUCGUCCACCCCCAGAACCUCAAGAAGACAACUUGAAGCGCUAUAUAAAUGCAAGCUGCCGUUGUCGGGUUCGAUAUGUGUCAGGAUCAUACCCACAAAUGCGAUCUCAGAAGGGGUGUCACCGAGCCGAGGCGUUCGGCUGGCACCGCUGCCGGGACCCUGCACUCUCUCGUUUGCGUCUGUCAUACAGGGUGCACGUCCAACACCUAAAGAUCGCCCCGAGUCCGCAUGCAAACCGGUUAACAACAGCCAAACGUUACAAAAAUCUCCAUGGUUACCUCAGCGUCGCUGUUACACUGCAAUGA